AUGCCUGGCACAAAGGGAUUAGAAGCAGACUAUAAGUGGAAUGAUCCGCAACCAUAUCCACAAAGAGAUAAAGAAAGAGCAGAGGUCUACGAUUGCAUCGACAUAAAAAACAAAAAAAAAAGUUUGCCGCACAAUACUGAAAACCUUUAUAUGAAACAACAAAAAGCAAAUAAACAAAAUUAUAAAGAAAUACUUUCCACAAUGAAAGAAUCGUAUGCACCAAUUGACCCUGCCGCAUAUAAGCGUGAUAUGCUCCGUGAGGAAGAGGAGGUAACGGGCCCUCGUCAUGUUGAUCCCAGUCACUUCCGCUCAACCACUGCAGAAUCGUAUGCACCAAUUGACCCUGCCGCAUAUAAGCGUGAUAUGCUCCGUGAGGAAGAGGAGGUAACGGGCCCUCGUCAUGUUGAUCCCAGUCACUUCCGCUCAACCACUGCAGAAUCGUAUGCACCAAUUGACCCUGCCGCAUAUAAGCGUGAUGUGCUCCGUGAGGAAGAGGAGGUAACGGGCCCUCGUCAUGUUGACCCCAGUCACUUCCGCUCAACCACUGCAGAAUCGUAUGCACCAAUUGACCCUGCCGCAUAUAAGCGUGAUGUGCUCCGUGAGGAAGAGGAGGUAACGGGCCCUCGUCAUGUUGACCCCAGUCACUUCCGCUCAACCACUGCAGAAUCGUAUGCACCAAUUGACCCUGCCGCAUAUAAGCGUGAUGUGCUCCGUGAGGAAGAGGAGGUAACGGGCCCUCGUCAUGUUGAUCCCAGUCACUUCCGCUCAACCACUGCAGAAUCGUAUGCACCAAUUGACCCUGCCGCAUAUAAGCGUGAUGUGCUCCGUGAGGAAGAGGAGGUAACGGGCCCUCGUCAUGUUGACCCCAGUCACUUCCGCUCAACCACUGCAGAAUCGUAUGCACCAAUUGACCCUGCCGCAUAUAAGCGUGAUGUGCUCCGUAAGGAAGAGGAGGUAACGGGCCCUCGUCAUGUUGACCCCAGUCACUUCCGCUCAACCACUGCAGAAUCGUAUGCACCAAUUGACCCUGCCGCAUAUAAGCGUGAUGUGCUCCGUGAGGAAGAGGAGGUAACGGGCCCUCGUCAUGUUGACCCCAGUCACUUCCGCUCAACCACUGCAGAAUCGUAUGCACCAAUUGACCCUGCCGCAUAUAAGCGUGAUGUGCUCCGUGAGGAAGAGGAGGUAACGGGCCCUCGUCAUGUUGAUCCCAGUCACUUCCGCUCAACCACUGCAGAAUCGUAUGCACCAAUUGACCCUGCCGCAUAUAAGCGUGAUGUGCUCCGUGAGGAAGAGGAGGCAACGGGCCCUCGUCAUGUUGAUCCCAGUCACUUCCGCUCAACCACUGCAGAAUCGUAUGCGCCAAUUGACCCUGCCGCAUAUAAGCGUGAUGUGCUCCGUGAGGAAGAGGAGGCAACGGGCCCUCGUCAUGUUGACCCCAGUCACUUCCGCUCAACCACUGCAGAAUCGUAUGCACCAAUUGACCCUGCCGCAUAUAAGCGUGAUGUGCUCCGUGAGGAAGAGGAGGUAACGGGCCCUCGUCAUGUUGAUCCCAGUCACUUCCGCUCAACCACUGCAGAAUCGUAUGCGCCAAUUGACCCUGCCGCAUAUAAGCGUGAUGUGCUCCGUGAGGAAGAGGAGGUAACGGGCCCUCGUCAUGUUGACCCCAGUCACUUCCGCUCAACCACUGCAGAAUCGUAUGCGCCAAUUGACCCUGCCGCAUAUAAGCGUGAUGUGCUCCGUGAGGAAGAGGAGGUAACGGGCCCUCGUCAUGUUGAUCCCAGUCACUUCCGCUCAACCACUGCAGAAUCGUAUGCGCCAAUUGACCCUGCCGCAUAUAAGCGUGAUGUGCUCCGUGAGGAAGAGGAGGUAACGGGCCCUCGUCAUGUUGACCCCAGUCACUUCCGCUCAACCACUGCAGAAUCGUAUGCGCCAAUUGACCCUGCCGCAUAUAAGCGUGAUGUGCUCCGUGAGGAAGAGGAGGUAACGGGCCCUCGUCAUGUUGACCCCAGUCACUUCCGCUCAACCACUGCAGAAUCGUAUGCGCCAAUUGACCCUGCCGCAUAUAAGCGUGAUGUGCUCCGUGAGGAAGAGGAGGUAACGGGCCCUCGUCAUGUUGACCCCAGUCACUUCCGCUCAACCACUGCAGAAUCGUAUGCGCCAAUUGACCCUGCCGCAUAUAAGCGUGAUGUGCUCCGUGAGGAAGAGGAGGUAACGGGCCCUCGUCAUGUUGAUCCCAGUCACUUCCGCUCAACCACUGCAGAAUCGUAUGCGCCAAUUGACCCUGCCGCAUAUAAGCGUGAUGUGCUCCGUGAGGAAGAGGAGGUAACGGGCCCUCGUCAUGUUGAUCCCAGUCACUUCCGCUCAACCACUGCAGAAUCGUAUGCGCCAAUUGACCCUGCCGCAUAUAAGCGUGAUGUGCUCCGUGAGGAAGAGGAGGUAACGGGCCCUCGUCAUGUUGACCCCAGUCACUUCCGCUCAACCACUGCAGAAUCGUAUGCGCCAAUUGACCCUGCCGCAUAUAAGCGUGAUGUGCUCCGUGAGGAAGAGGAGGUAACGGGCCCUCGUCAUGUUGACCCCAGUCACUUCCGCUCAACCACUGCAGAAUCGUAUGCACCAAUUGACCCUGCCGCAUAUAAGCGUGAUGUGCUCCGUGAGGAAGAGGAGGUAACGGGCCCUCGUCAUGUUGAUCCCAGUCACUUCCGCUCAACCACUGCAGAAUCGUAUGCGCCAAUUGACCCUGCCGCAUAUAAGCGUGAUGUGCUCCGUGAGGAAGAGGAGGUAACGGGCCCUCGUCAUGUUGACCCCAGUCACUUCCGCUCAACCACUGCAGAAUCGUAUGCACCAAUUGACCCUGCCGCAUAUAAGCGUGAUGUGCUCCGUGAGGAAGAGGAGGUAACGGGCCCUCGUCAUGUUGAUCCCAGUCACUUCCGCUCAACCACUGCAGAAUCGUAUGCACCAAUUGACCCUGCCGCAUAUAAGCGUGAUGUGCUCCGUGAGGAAGAGGAGGUAACGGGCCCUCGUCAUGUUGAUCCCAGUCACUUCCGCUCAACCACUGCAGAAUCGUAUGCACCAAUUGACCCUGCCGCAUAUAAGCGUGAUGUGCUCCGUGAGGAAGAGGAGGUAACGGGCCCUCGUCAUGUUGACCCCAGUCACUUCCGCUCAACCACUGCAGAAUCGUAUGCGCCAAUUGACCCUGCCGCAUAUAAGCGUGAUGUGCUCCGUGAGGAAGAGGAGGUAACGGGCCCUCGUCAUGUUGAUCCCAGUCACUUCCGCUCAACCACUGCAGAAUCGUAUGCGCCAAUUGACCCUGCCGCAUAUAAGCGUGAUGUGCUCCGUGAGGAAGAGGAGGCAACGGGCCCUCGUCAUGUUGAUCCCAGUCACUUCCGCUCAACCACUGCAGAAUCGUAUGCGCCAAUUGACCCUGCCGCAUAUAAGCGUGAUGUGCUCCGUGAGGAAGAGGAGGUAACGGGCCCUCGUCAUGUUGAUCCCAGUCACUUCCGCUCAACCACUGCAGAAUCGUAUGCGCCAAUUGACCCUGCCGCAUAUAAGCGUGAUGUGCUCCGUGAGGAAGAGGAGGUAACGGGCCCUCGUCAUGUUGACCCCAGUCACUUCCGCUCAACCACUGCAGAAUCGUAUGCACCAAUUGACCCUGCCGCAUAUAAGCGUGAUGUGCUCCGUGAGGAAGAGGAGGUAACGGGCCCUCGUCAUGUUGACCCCAGUCACUUCCGCUCAACCACUGCAGAAUCGUAUGCGCCAAUUGACCCUGCCGCAUAUAAGCGUGAUGUGCUCCGUGAGGAAGAGGAGGUAACGGGCCCUCGUCAUGUUGACCCCAGUCACUUCCGCUCAACCACUGCAGAAUCGUAUGCGCCAAUUGACCCUGCCGCAUAUAAGCGUGAUGUGCUCCGUGAGGAAGAGGAGGUAACGGGCCCUCGUCAUGUUGACCCCAGUCACUUCCGCUCAACCACUGCAGAAUCGUAUGCACCAAUUGACCCUGCCGCAUAUAAGCGUGAUGUGCUCCGUGAGGAAGAGGAGGUAACGGGCCCUCGUCAUGUUGACCCCAGUCACUUCCGCUCAACCACUGCAGAAUCGUAUGCACCAAUUGACCCUGCCGCAUAUAAGCGUGAUGUGCUCCGUGAGGAAGAGGAGGUAACGGGCCCUCGUCAUGUUGAUCCCAGUCACUUCCGCUCAACCACUGCAGAAUCGUAUGCGCCAAUUGACCCUGCCGCAUAUAAGCGUGAUGUGCUCCGUGAGGAAGAGGAGGUAACGGGCCCUCGUCAUGUUGAUCCCAGUCACUUCCGCUCAACCACUGCAGAAUCGUAUGCGCCAAUUGACCCUGCCGCAUAUAAGCGUGAUGUGCUCCGUGAGGAAGAGGAGGUAACGGGCCCUCGUCAUGUUGAUCCCAGUCACUUCCGCUCAACCACUGCAGAAUCGUAUGCGCCAAUUGACCCUGCCGCAUAUAAGCGUGAUGUGCUCCGUGAGGAAGAGGAGGUAACGGGCCCUCGUCAUGUUGACCCCAGUCACUUCCGCUCAACCACUGCAGAAUCGUAUGCGCCAAUUGACCCUGCCGCAUAUAAGCGUGAUGUGCUCCGUGAGGAAGAGGAGGUAACGGGCCCUCGUCAUGUUGAUCCCAGUCACUUCCGCUCAACCACUGCAGAAUCGUAUGCGCCAAUUGACCCUGCCGCAUAUAAGCGUGAUGUGCUCCGUGAGGAAGAGGAGGCAACGGGCCCUCGUCAUGUUGAUCCCAGUCACUUCCGCUCAACCACUGCAGAAUCGUAUGCGCCAAUUGACCCUGCCGCAUAUAAGCGUGAUGUGCUCCGUGAGGAAGAGGAGGUAACGGGCCCUCGUCAUGUUGACCCCAGUCACUUCCGCUCAACCACUGCAGAAUCGUAUGCGCCAAUUGACCCUGCCGCAUAUAAGCGUGAUGUGCUCCGUGAGGAAGAGGAGGUAACGGGCCCUCGUCAUGUUGACCCCAGUCACUUCCGCUCAACCACUGCAGAAUCGUAUGCGCCAAUUGACCCUGCCGCAUAUAAGCGUGAUGUGCUCCGUGAGGAAGAGGAGGUAACGGGCCCUCGUCAUGUUGACCCCAGUCACUUCCGCUCAACCACUGCAGAAUCGUAUGCACCAAUUGACCCUGCCGCAUAUAAGCGUGAUGUGCUCCGUGAGGAAGAGGAGGUAACGGGCCCUCGUCAUGUUGACCCCAGUCACUUCCGCUCAACCACUGCAGAAUCGUAUGCGCCAAUUGACCCUGCCGCAUAUAAGCGUGAUGUGCUCCGUGAGGAAGAGGAGGUAACGGGCCCUCGUCAUGUUGACCCCAGUCACUUCCGCUCAACCACUGCAGAAUCGUAUGCGCCAAUUGACCCUGCCGCAUAUAAGCGUGAUGUGCUCCGUGAGGAAGAGGAGGUAACGGGCCCUCGUCAUGUUGACCCCAGUCACUUCCGCUCAACCACUGCAGAAUCGCAUGCACCAAUUGACCCUGCCGCAUAUAAGCGUGAUGUGCUCCGUGAGGAAGAGGAGGUAACGGGCCCUCGUCAUGUUGAUCCCAGUCACUUCCGCUCAACCACUGCAGAAUCGUAUGCACCAAUUGACCCUGCCGCAUAUAAGCGUGAUGUGCUCCGUGAGGAAGAGGAGGUAACGGGCCCUCGUCAUGUUGAUCCCAGUCACUUCCGCUCAACCACUGCAGAAUCGUAUGCGCCAAUUGACCCUGCCGCAUAUAAGCGUGAUGUGCUCCGUGAGGAAGAGGAGGUAACGGGCCCUCGUCAUGUUGAUCCCAGUCACUUCCGCUCAACCACUGCAGAAUCGUAUGCGCCAAUUGACCCUGCCGCAUAUAAGCGUGAUGUGCUCCGUGAGGAAGAGGAGGCAACGGGCCCUCGUCAUGUUGAUCCCAGUCACUUCCGCUCAACCACUGCAGAAUCGUAUGCGCCAAUUGACCCUGCCGCAUAUAAGCGUGAUGUGCUCCGUGAGGAAGAGGAGGCAACGGGCCCUCGUCAUGUUGAUCCCAGUCACUUCCGCUCAACCACUGCAGAAUCGUAUGCACCAAUUGACCCUGCCGCAUAUAAGCGUGAUGUGCUCCGUGAGGAAGUUGUGAAAGUGUCAAGUCGCGGUGGUGAUGAUGGCCACUUUAGGACAACUGCAAAGGAUUCGUAUUGUCGCUAUGAUUCUUCUUGUUAUAAGAGUUCGUGUAGGGAGUCUUCCUUUGGUGAUGAAUCUGUUAUAUCUAAGAGGCAUAGCUUUACUGCUUCAUCUGUAGCUGAUGCUAUUGUUGUUAAGAAGGUCGUGAAAGGUAAAAGUGAUGGUGGUGUGACAUCAAAGAAGGUUGAUGUCUCCACUGAUAUGAAGUGUGUCGCAAGUGGGGAGAGUAAUGGAGGUGCUGCUGCGGCUGUUGCAGCUACUACUGAGUGUGCUGCUGCGGCUGUGGGCGAUCAACCAACUGGUAACGGAGUACGUGUGUCAAAGUGGAAAAAGGCCCCUAAUGUUGGUUAUUCCUGCCCUUGUCAUGUAGAUGCUGAUAUGUACGUGAGUACCGCGCAUAGAGAUUUCAAGGCACACGGUGCCAGCAAACCUUAUAUGCCAAAGGCUGCUCCGACUGUUAAACAGUCAAGCAUUUCUAUGCAAGGUGUAAGCAGCGAAUACCGCAACAGGUUUAUCAGGCCUGAGGUACAAUGUCCUCCUCGUCCCAUUGGGAAACCUGCAGUACAGGUCCGUCAUGUGGACCCUUCGAUGUAUGUUACGACUAACCGCGCAACCUUCGUUAAUCACUCGGGUCGCAAGGUGUAG